AUGAUCGUGGCAGUCAAGAAGUUGCAAGGAAUCCAUCAACAUCUCGACAGAAUCGAGUUGGAGUUCGAUCGGGAGAUCGAGGUGAUGAGAACCAUUAGACAUCCGAACAUCGUUCUGUUUCUUGGAGGCGGUCGUUACCAUGACGACGGUUGCCAAUUUGUCGUUGUGGAGUAUAUGGCUAGAGGGUCGUUGGCGACAGUUUUAGAAGACGAAGACAUCGAAUUGGAAGAUAGUCUGAAGCUAAGAUUUGCUCUAGAGGCAGCCAAAGGCCUAAGAUUUUUCACAAUUAACGGUCUCCACGAGUGCACAGUAAAAGUGGUAUCUGUUGGUCAGCCAGCGAUGGGUAGUCAAGGUGGCCGAUUUUGGAGCAGCCCGAUUGGUACGAGAAGAAGGAAAACAUCAAGAGACUGUUAG